CUCACAGAGUGUCAUCAGGUUGUCCUGCUGACUCCUGGAACGCUCCGCGGUCCGAACGCCGGCGGCUCCUCUGUGCGUCCUGCAGUCGUGCGACAGCCAAGUCGCUCGCUCGACCUCCACCUACCCUGGAGUAGAUUUGCCCGCGGCCAUCUGGGAUACAAGAAGCCGCGCUGAUCAAUUCAAUCUUCGUCUCGUUACGAACAACAACAACCCACAGAAAAACUCAGCAAGAAUGGCACCCGCAGAGACCAAGGGCUACAGGCUUAACCACACCAUGAUCCGUGUCAAGGAUCCCGAGAAGUCGCUCAAGUUCUACCGUGACAUCCUCGGCAUGGACCUCAUCGACGAGCACGACGCCGAUGACUUCAAGCUCUUCUUCCUCGCCUUCCCGGACAGCCCCAGCGCAAAUGCUCAGAGCCGCGCUCAUCGCGAGGGAAUCCUUGAGCUGACCUGGAACAAGGGAACCGAGAAACAGAGCGACUUCUCUUACCACAAUGGUAAUGACGAGCCUCAGGGCUUCGGCCACACCUGCAUCAGCGUGCCCAACCUUCAGGAGGCUUGCGACAGGCUCGAGAAGCUUGGAGUGGAGUUCAAGAAGAGGCCGCAGGAUGGAAAGAUGAGGAAGAUCGCGUUUGCCUACGACCCUGACCGUUAUUGGGUCGAGAUUAUCUCGACUGAGUGACAGAUGUCGUUGAAGCUUUGAGGAUGCGGUGAUUAUGGCACAGGUUCGCCGGAGGAACGCGACGACUGCGGCGCGAUUCUUUCACAGCACGGCUUAGCGAAUCAAUCAAGCACCUCCAUGUCGCUGCGAUAGGUCCGACUCAAUGCAUUCAAUUUUUGUG